CUUACAGGUUUGUUCGAGUUGAUGCCCAAGAAGAUGAUGGUCACAGAGCUGAGUUAUUUCUACAUGAUCAGACUUGGGCUUCUUUUCCUGAUUAAUAUUUUCCCUGGAACCACUGGCCAAGGAGAAUCAAGACGACAAGAACCUGGGGACUUUGUAAAGCAGGAUAUUGGCGGACUCUCUCCUAAGCAUGCCCCGGAUAUUCCUGAUGACAGCACUGACAAUAUUACUAUCUUCACCAGAAUCUUGGAUCGUCUUCUGGAUGGCUAUGACAACCGGCUACGACCUGGGCUUGGAGAUGCAGUGACUGAAGUGAAGACUGAUAUCUAUGUGACCAGUUUUGGCCCUGUGUCAGACACUGACAUGGAGUACACUAUUGAUGUAUUUUUUCGACAGACAUGGCAUGAUGAAAGACUAAAAUUUGAUGGACCCAUGAAGAUUCUUCCACUGAACAAUCUCCUGGCUAGUAAGAUCUGGACCCCUGAUACAUUCUUCCACAAUGGCAAGAAAUCAGUGGCUCAUAACAUGACCACACCCAACAAGCUACUCAGACUGGUGGACAAUGGAACCCUCCUCUACACAAUGAGAUUAACAAUUCAUGCUGAGUGUCCCAUGCAUUUGGAAGAUUUUCCCAUGGAUGUGCAUGCCUGCCCGUUGAAGUUUGGAAGCUAUGCCUAUACAACAGCCGAAGUGGUUUAUUCCUGGACUCUUGGGAAAAACAAAUCUGUGGAAGUGGCACAGGACGGGUCUCGUCUGAACCAAUAUGAUCUACUGGGUCAUGUUGUUGGGACAGAGAUAAUCCGGUCCAGUACAGGAGAAUAUGUUGUCAUGACAACUCACUUCCAUCUCAAGCGAAAAAUUGGCUACUUUGUGAUCCAGACCUACUUGCCAUGUAUCAUGACUGUCAUUCUGUCACAGGUGUCUUUCUGGCUCAACAGAGAGUCUGUUCCUGCCCGCACAGUCUUUGGUGUUACCACUGUUCUCACCAUGACCACCUUGAGUAUCAGUGCCAGAAACUCCUUACCUAAAGUGGCAUAUGCGACGGCCAUGGACUGGUUCAUAGCCGUCUGUUAUGCCUUUGUGUUUUCUGCACUGAUUGAAUUUGCUACUGUUAACUACUUCACCAAACGGAGUUGGGCUUGGGAAGGCAAGAAGGUGCCUGAGGCCCUGGAGAUGAAGAAGAAAACACCAGCAGCUCCGACAAAGAAAACCAGCGCCACAUUCAACAUCGUGGGAACCACUUAUCCCAUCAACUUGGCCAAGAACCCUGAGUUCUCCACCAUCUCCAAGGGCGCCGCUCCCAGUGCAUCCUCAACCCCGACAAUAAUUGCUUCACCCAAGGCCACUUAUGUGCAGGACAGCCCAACUGAGACCAAGACCUACAACAGUGUCAGCAAGGUUGACAAAAUUUCCCGUAUCAUCUUUCCUGUGCUCUUUGCCAUAUUUAAUCUGGUGUAUUGGGCCACAUAUGUCAACCGGGAGUCAGCUAUCAAGGGAAUGAUCCGCAAACAGUAG